GGACUAUUUAAAGAAAUUUGAGAAGACUAAAAGUGACCUAAACGAUUUACAGGACUUUAGUUGCUCUUUUUCUUCUGACGAGGAAGAAUUUAAGGAGAAUAAAAAAAGGUUUAGAAAUUACUUUUUGCCUAUUGAAAACCACUUGACCGGUGGAAGUAGACCCCUCCUUUCUUUUUUUCUUUUUAUCGAUUUUUCCUGGUUUUUUAUUUAUUUGUAUGAACGAUAUGACGUAUUAUGCGUUAAAGAAUUCUGGUGGCAGACUCCUCGCAUGCAUUUGUCACCAACUUAUUACUCCCAAGUAGUCUUUUCUUUCGUUACUAUAUUUUGGUCGGUCUCGAAACUUUUGAAGUUUAGGAGACACUACUUUCUCGGGUACAUUUUUCUUACGAUAAAUAUUAUGCUGAGCUUACCGUUUGUCGUGAGUGUGUUUUUUAAAAGGGACCAUUUAUUACCUAACCUGUACGUUCCUUCUUUUCUCCGUGUAUGGAGUUCUUACAAGCUUCUUGUGCAAAUCUUUGCGCUAACCAAUAAAGAAGAUGGUUAUGUUUCGAGAGUACUUUUCAGGAAUGCUAAUGUUCUGCUCAUCGUUUAUAUAAUUGUCUGCUUUCUUAUUAUUGGAACCUGCACUUUUCGUUUUACUGCAAAUUGUUUUGAGCAAAAGCCGUUGCAUCCGUAUUCUUUUGUGACUUGCUUAUACUUUAUGAUCGUCACUCUUUCUUCAGUCGGCUUCGGGGAUAUCACGCCCUUCAACGCUAUGAGUCGCAUGUUCAUCACAAGCUAUAUUAUUCUCGGCAUUGUACUUCUACCGCAGCUCAUCAACGAGUUAAUAACUUCCGUAGCAGAAAAAAAAAGAAUCUACAAAGAAUACGAGUCUGGCCUUAUAAGUAAUACUUCUCAUAUCAUUCUGGUGGGCGACUUGCAGUAUACCAACACGUGCCCGUUUAUCGCAUAUGCAAAAUUUUACCUGGAAAACGGCACUUUCCGUUUUUUAAUACCAAAAGUGCGAUGCAGAAUGCUCUAUUCCGUCCGCAUCUUUAACGAUUUCCCCCCCCCCCCCUUCAGAUUGUGAUGCUCUCAACCUCGCCGUUGGGCAGGCGCCUUCAAGACGUCCUUUCCGCCCCUGGAAUGAUGCAACUCUUCUUUCAU